GUAAAUACUGUUACUGUUGUUACUUGUUAAUGUCGUUCAUAGUAUUUCCGAGCAGUUGAUUAAACAGUACAAAAUACACAUUCAAUAUACAUAUUCUGUUAAUUUGUUUUACUCUACCACUCAUUUCACAUUCGAAUAAUAAUCAUAUUAAUUGAUAAUUCGUUGUCGGUGUGACAGGCCGGCGCCGGCGAAUCUCGGUGUGGUGCAGUUGCAGCCCUCAAUUGCUCAAUUCUUUGAUUCCGAAUUGCUGUUGCAUCCGGAUUCGGUGCAUCGUCAUUCGUCAUUUGUCAACAACAUUACACAAUAUAAAUACCUAACACAUAUCACAAUAAUAUUAUCAUAUCAUGUCGUGCGCUUCCGCCUUCGCAUUUCAGCAAGACGAUCGAUGUCGGCGAUGUUGCUAUUGUUGCUGACUAUCGACUCGCCGCUGUAUUUGUUUGUUUUCGUCCGGCAGUGACGGGUGAAUUUUUAUUGGCCACAGAAAUUAAUAUGACGAUCAUACCGAAAAUUAAAUAACAAAUUUACAUAAUAUUUUAGGGAAAUAAUCCAUAUCUGUGUGUAUACUUGAGACUGUCGAGUGUCGGGCGUCAGCGUGUGCCGUGUGUUAAGGUGCACGCUAGCCACUAGUUUAACUUGGAAUCAUGGUGGAAGACAAAAUCCUGUACACUUUCCGGGGGUGGUUGGCAUUUGUGGCUUUCAUGGACCUUGGCGUAACGUUUCGAUCAUUUUUUGARAACAAAUGUAUCAUUGGGACGCAGACAAAUUUACAGGCAGAUGAACACUUUAUACACGAGGAAUUAACAUUACCAAGAGUGCUGGGUAUGUUUUCACUUCUUAAAGCUCUAUGUUUGAUACAUUGCUCAUUAUUUAUUCACUAUAAGCCAAUGGUCAGUAUUGGUGCUAUGUCUAUGGUUUUAUCAAUUGUUUUGUAUCUCAGUGAAGCAAUACAUUACCGUUCAACUACUUUAAAUUUCUUUAUUGUUUUUCCAAGCAUUUUAAAUGGUUUAACAUUGAUUGGUUUAUACUUAAUUAUUUAA